UGUGACUGACCAGUGAGGCCCACUGAACGCCACACUAGAAACCUUGGUCAUCUCCUAUCCCGCGGACUGCGGCUUCGACAAAUCUCAAACCCUACCUCAAGUCGAUAGCUACCUUUGCAGAUCCAAACCUCCUCUCGCCGCCCCACCCCCGGCUGCCAUGCGCAUCCGCAUGUCCGCCUCCCGCCUGCUGGGCGGCGCGGCCGUUGCCAUCGGCCCCACUCCCGCCCCCGCACCCUCUGACCCGCUUCGAUUUGAGCUGUCCCCGCCGCCGCCGCCGCCGGCGGCGAAGGACCUAGCACCGAAUCCAGCGGCGACCUCGUUGUGCCCGAGGCCUCCUCCUGCGGGGAGCCCUGCUGCGACCUCAACCAAUCGCCGUGGGACCUCAUGGCCGAGCUCGACUUCUCGGAUCCCGAGGCUGCCCAUCGGCCUCAAGCUCAUCCAGGUAUCCGACGGCGGACACGGCACACCAGCGGCGAGGGUUAGGAUAUAUACGAGGGAGUAUGCUGCGCCCCCUCCCUCUGCCAAUGGACCAGUUGACUGCUCAGAUGCACAAUUCAACGUGCAAGAGUUGUUCCGCAAAUUAGGAAAUGAAGAGUUUAUGGGUCAGCGGAUAAUCCUUGCAGUUACUUGCCAAUAAAAAUUAGAGAUGUGUUACUUGCGGAUAGUCCAGUUUUGGCCGUUGGUUUUCAUAUGAAUAAGUUAGCAAAGAGUCAUAAGAUUUUAAUUUUAGUAAAUAUUUUCAUGGCAAACCUAAUCAUAAUGUUUUCACUCUGCCAUUCCAAAUUAUAAAUAUCAGGUGUCAAAGUUAGAGAUUUGUUACUCCCAUUCCUGAAUGGAGAUGCUAAUGGGUUACAAAGUUCCGAUGGCCUGCAUUCUAUGGUAGAAAACUUGCUAUAUUACUGGUACUGUGGUUUAUUUUAUUUCUCAUCUGCUCUAUCUGCUAGAGAACCAAUGUCCUAAUGGCAUGUAUAAUGGGGUGAUGCCAGUCUUGUCUUGGUAAUGCACCAGCCCGGUUAGAGAUGCUCUUUGUCCAUCUGAUUAGUACUUAGCGGCUUGGUGAACACUGAAUAGAAUUAAAAUGAUGUCUAGCUUGUGAGAGAGUUACACAAAGUAAGCCCUGCCCGGAAUACAGGGUAUUUGCCCUGUUCCCAUGGGGAAUAAAAUGGUUCCUGUGAAAUUCUUGCUUUCCAAAGAGGCCCUUAGUUUGAAGAGAUUGGAUUUUGUGCAACCAGUUGCCGACACACCCCAUUAUUCAUUUUUUUUGGAGUUUUCAAAAAAAGUGUAGAACAGUUGAUGGAUUUCAUCCCUGCUUGCAUUUUCAUGCAAUUAUUCUGAGUAGUUCAUUAAGAUAGCUAAACCUAUGGAUAGAUUUUUAUUGGCCAAGCAUAUGGAACUGAUGGUAGCCUGAUGGUGAGCGGAUAAUCCUUGCCUAUUUUAAUGCAGCCAAAUCUGGUUUUACCUGCAUAAUUCUUGCUCAACAUUUGUGCAAAACAAAACAUAUAAUCCUCCUUAAUUGUGAGUUGAAAUGCGGCACAACUGCAAUGUUGGGCUUCGGGCGAUUCAAACGAGUUAUCUUGAGCCUGCAUGUGGGAUAGCAGAAGGUGAUGAUACAGUUGGAUCUGAGUGCACAAAAUGAACUGUUUUGUUUUGUUUCGCAGGCUAGUCUGCCAUCUAAGAUCUCACCGGCCCCUACAAGGUUUUCGGCGCCGGUGCCUUUGCCGGUAGAGAAUUUUGAUAAUGGAUCAACGGAGGAACCCGAGCAUCCUAAUAUGAAGGAAAAUCCACUGAAGGAAUCGGCCCCCUUUCUCCAGGAGGUACAUAUCUAGUGCUGGGCAGGCUUUUUUUAGCAAUUGAAACUUCUAAUUUUAACCUCUACACUUGUGAAGCCUAUUUCCAGUGGUCAUCCUACAAUGAGCCUGAAAAACAACCGCACAUAUCAUGACUCCAAGAUGAUAUAUCCUGACCUGGACGUUGCAUAAGAAAAAGGAAAUGUAACCACCUUUUUUUCUUAGCUUAUGAGAGAAGACAGUUAUAGUAGUAGCAUUCAGGUUUCAUUACUGUGCAUUCAAAAAAAGCAGUCACAAGCACAUGACGACCCUACAUCAUAUUUCCACCAUUUUCUAAGUAAGAAAAAAAAUUUCUACUGUUUUAUCAUUGGUUAUCGUCCGUGCAAUUUUACUAGUUUCCUUGGUCUGAAAGCCUUACCAUCAUUUUCUUCUUGCGCGCGGUAAUGGCAAGAGCAUAUUGUGCAGACGAAGAGGAUGAGAAGAAACUUGUGGUUCUCAUCCAAUCUUCAUGAAACUCUCUUUAUGUGUGUUUGUGCACUUGUUGGGUCCUUUUUUGGUGCGCUUGCACUUGUAGAAGUAUUCUCUUAUGCACAUGUAAAAUUAUUUUGAUGUGCCCUUGUUAGACAUUGAAACUUAAUGCAUGGAGUUGGUGGAUGAUGUAUUGUAUUUGAUGUGAUAUGCUAUUGAAAUGAAAUAUACAUUUUAUUUGCAAUA